AUGACUGCAAAUAAAUUGCUGGAUAUAGUUUAUCAUUCUGAUUUCCACUUUUUCCUGCUUUGCUUUCCACAGAAUGUUUUCUGCAACCCUGCCUUUGAGCUGGAGGGGGAGCGAGAAGAGAGGGUGGAGGGUUUCAGGACGUCCUCGUCCACCCCUGAACCAAUCAAACCACCAGCGGCCGGCCUCGGCUGGGGUUUGUUUGGGGUAUGUGUAAUGCGUCUACGGAGUCCACGUUGUGGCUGGGGGGUGGUGGUGGCAUCUGCUGCCGCCCUGCUCCUGUUGGUGGCCCUCGGACUGGCGCUGGCCCUCAUCCUCAGUCAGAUAAAAGGCCAGGCAGUGGGGGAUCAGUUGUUGCCCACCAGCCCUCCAAACUUACUGAGUACAGGAGAUGGAGAGUCCCACACUUUACCCACAAUCCCUUCAAACAGAAGUCAACAGGACAGUACAGCACCACCACAACCCACGAAGAUCCCCUUGCCUGAAACACGUUGUGGAGGUGUACUGACAGACCCAGAGGGCAGCUUCAGUUCUCCAAACCACCCCGGCUCCUACCCCCCCAACUCCCUGUGUGUGUGGGUGAUCCGAGUCCCACCACCCUCCUUGGUGCAGAUCCACGUUUCCUUUUUGACCGUGGAGGGACCAUCUCCUUGUCUGUUUGACUGGCUAGAGGUGCAAGAGCAAACCGAACAGAGCUCCGUGGUCACCAGAUUCUGCGGUAACGUGGCACCACCGACGGUCAACACAAACAGCAGCACGGUGUGGGUGACCUUCCGCUCCGACAGCAGCAUCGCGGGCACCGGCUUCUCGGCUCAGUACAGGGCCAUACAGCCUGGACACAAGAGCUGCUCCAGAGAAGAGUUCAUGUGUGACCGCGGACGCUGCCUGCUGCCGGUGUCGGUGUGCGAUGGUCAUCCAAACUGCCACGACCAGACGGACGAGGCGAACUGCAGCCAUAAACACAAAGAGUGUGGAGGGCAGAAGACCGGUCCUUAUGGUUACCUGUCCAGUCCAAACCACCCCAAGCCAUACCCUCACCAGCAGCUUUGUAUAUGGUAUAUAUCAGUCGAGGAAGGUCACGUGAUCACAUUGAGCUUCAGGAACUUCAGCCUGGAGAUUCAGGACGUCUGUGAGUUCGACUACGUUGAGGUGCACGACAGCGCCGACACCGGAGCUGGAAGAGUCCUGGGGAGGUUUUGCGGUGCCACCUUCCCACCGGACCUGACCUCCUCUGGCUCUCACAUGACCGUGGUGUUUGUGGCCGACGAAGGGGUGGCCGACAGCGGCUUCAACGCAACAUACCAGGCUGUGUCAGGGACAUGUGGGCCCAGCCAGUUUGCUUGCAGUAGCGGGGAGUGCCUUCAGCCGCAGUGGUUGUGCGAUGGAUGGAACGACUGCCCCGACGGAGCAGAUGAACAGGGCUGUGGCAACUCCACCUACCCUCCCUUCACUUCAUCAUGUGAGUUUAUAGAGGUGGAGAUGUGUCAGGGCCUCAGCUACAACCUCACUUCAUUCCCAAACAUCUGGCUGUCCAUUGCCGAUCAGAGAGAGGCCGCCACACUCUUGCGACAGUACAGAGUGCUGAUGGAGCUGGCCUGCUUCGAGCCCCUGCAGAGGCUGGUGUGCGGGAUGUUCCUGCCCCAGUGCAGCCCUCAGGGUGGCGUCCUCCAGCCCUGCCGCUCUGUUUGCUCUGCAGCCGAGCGGCAGUGCAGCCAGGCCCUGGAUCUCUUCUCCUUCAGCUGGCCCUUCAACUGUCACCUCCUGCCGGACUCACAGGACCCGAUGGAGUGCUCACUGCCCUGACGCUUCAAGAGUUUUCAAGAUAAGAGAGCAGCAGGUUUCACGGCAGUGUUUGAGGACCAAAAAUCCUGCAUUUUACAGAACUGGAGACUCAUUUUCUGGACUGCAACCAUCACUUACACACUCCUGCCUGUAAAGUUUGCACUGUACAUAAACAAAAUGGUGGCACAGUAGCUAAGAAAUAAAAGCUUCAAGCAACAUUA